AUGGCGGAAGAAACAGAGCAUGAAAUACCGGUGGAAAUGAAUGAAUUCGACGAGGCAUUCAGAACGGACGAAUUGAUUUUCAUGCGCCAGUUAGAGCCCAUCUCGGGCCUAUAUUCUGAGGAACAAUUGGCUACCUUGAACGAGACACCUUUAUUGGAAAAUGAAGUCUCAAACUUCACUUCUACGUUGGGUAUCUCUCCACCAUUCAUGCCUACUUAUCCGACUCUUACGCCGCAACCAUGGUGGAUAGAGAGUUUAGUCGAGACGGAACUGGGACUGUUUUAUAGCGCGGUAGAUAACCGCGAGCAGCUCCCGACAGGCCUGAACAAAGAACUGCACCCACAGCACUGUGACGAAUGCAUGCAAAAGUAA